AGGAUGGUGACGUCACUAGCAGCUACCAACGAGGAUUACAAGAAAAGUAAGCAAUCGGAACAAAUUCUAGAGAACACGGAAGUGUGAGUGUUGGGGGUUCCUUCUUCCCUGGGGCUCCCAGACAUGCUGUCUUUGAAGAAGUAUCUGACGGAGGGUCUUAUCCAGUUCACCAUUCUCCUGAGUCUGAUGGGUGUGCGUGUGGACCUGGAUUCAUAUCUGCCCUCUCACCUGCCCCCUUUGCACGAGAUCAUCCUGGGGCCUACAUCAGCGUAUACACAGACUCAGUUCCACAGCCUUCGUGGCACCUCUGAAGGUUAUGGAGUUCAUCCCAAGAGCGUGGACUUGGACCAGUUUUUCACCUCCCGCAGACUGCUAAGCCGCAUGCGUGCGCUAGACAGGCUGCAGGUACCCAGCACUGAGCUUGAUGCCUGGUUAGUGCACAAGGAAGCUGAGGGCUCUGUGUCCAGCGCUCAGACUGGUUCCAGCCGAUCUACGGACAGUCCGCAGAACCUCCCAACUUCAGAGAGCAGCCUCCGGGACACCAUAGAAAAUGAACAAGGACGAGAAGCAGAGGAACUUGGAGCAUCUGCUCCAUCUGAAAACACAGAACUCGGAAAAGAGGAAAUUGAUCCGAUAGACAUUUUAUGGCUUCAGGAUAUUGACCUUGGAGCUGGGCGAGAAGAUUUUGAGAGUCGCCAGCACAAAGACCAUGAGGAAGUUUGGGAAUCCUUGGGUGAUACCUCAGAAAGUGAAGAAGUGGAACACAGGCUGCAAGUGGAUGGGGAGACUGGAGAGAAUGUACCUCAAGAGGGUCAGACCGCUAUGUCAUUGGCAGAAUGCCUGAGUCUCCUGGAUGACACUUUUCAAUUUGAUUCUUCAGAGUUUCCAGCUCCUGACCCAACAAAUAUAUUGGAUACAGAGCCAGACCAGACAGAUUUACAACAAGCAGAUGGUUUGCUGUCCCCAUUUCUCCCAGAUAUUGAGAACCCUCUGGACUUGGAGGAGCAAUGGCAGGACCUGAUGUCACUCAUGGAUAUGCAGCCCAUGGACAUGAACAGUUCAGCUGAGGACCCCUUGUAUCUGAGCAUGGACCCAUCACUCCAGCAGAAUGAAGACAUCCACCAAACCGCUUUUCAGGGUUGUUCUCAAAAUAUGUCUCUCUACAGUCCCACCAUAGAGAAUUUUCCUAUCCCUGAAUCCCCACUGCUUCAGCUCUCCUCUCAUAACUCCACUGACCUGAAUUCCACUUUUGGUUUUACAAACUUUUCUGGAAUUCUGUUUCCUUCACAGCAAAAUAAUACAGCUAAUGUAACAGCCAGUAAUGUCCUGCAAGAUCCACUUAGUGGAAUCCUGGAUCAAGCUUUGCUGGAUGAGAUUAGCCUUACGGAGCUAGCAAUGGAGGAAGGAUUCAGCCAAAUGCAAGCCUCACAGCUCCAAGAAGAACUAGAUUCAGAUUCUGGUCUCUCUCUAGACUCUCACCGUAGUCCAGUGUCUCCUAGUGGGUCUGAGACAUCAUCUUCCUCUUCUUCCUGCUCAUCCUCUUCCUCCUCUUUCUCUGAAGAAGGAGCAGUAGGAUACAGUUCUGAUUCUGAGAUGGUGGAGCCUGAGGAGUCAGAAGAAUCCAUUGAUUACCAGCCGGAAUACAGCAAGUUCUGCCGAAUGAGCUCUGAGGACCCUAGCCGAUUUCAGCGCUUGCUAUUUCUUGAGCAUGUUGGGCACAAUCAUACUUACAAUAUGGUUCCUGAAGAGCCAGAGGAGCAGCCACAACCUACAGGGGCAAGAGGCAGCAGAAGACCUUCAAGGUUUUUAGAUAGACAAGCAGGAAGAGAUGAGCAAAGAGCAAGAGCUAUGAAAAUUCCUUUUAGUAAUGAUAAGAUUAUUAACAUGCCUGUAGAGGAAUUUAAUGAGCUGCUGACCAAGUACCAACUUACUGAGGCACAGCUUUGCUUAGUGCGAGAUAUUCGCAGGCGAGGAAAGAACAAGAUGGCAGCUCAGAACUGCCGCAAGAGAAAACUGGACACAAUUUUGAACCUGGAACAAGAGGUGAAGCGUUUAAGUCGACAACGUAACUCUCAGUUAAGAGAAAAAGGAGAAAACUUGAGAUCACUCCAGAGAAUGAAGCAGGAAGUAGAAAGCCUUUAUCAGGAAGUGUUUAGCCAGCUUAGAGAUCAGGAAGGGCGGCCAUACUCUCCUCAAGGAUAUGCCUUACACUACACCAACAAUGACAACAUAGUACUCAUGCCACGCAAUGCAGAGGGCCAACAAAGCCGACGUUCAGAGAGGAAGGACCGGAGGAAGUGAUGUAUCUGUAUUUGAACUCUGGAAUCUUACAGGACAGCGGGUGUGGGCUGUGCUUUCAUUCAGGCCUUUGUAUCAAACCUUUCACAUAAGACUGACCCCAUUAAGUGAUGAGGUAGAUGUCGACACAUAUUGAGGGCCAGGGGCUUCGUCCUGUCUGUAUCUGGGCCCUAGUCUGCCCAGGAAUGAGGAGGAGGCCAGCUGGGCCUGCGGACAGAAGUAUCCCCUGGCAACAUAAGCUUCAGCUGAUAAAGGGAGGUUGAAAACCAUUUUCCUUUUAGUUCUUGAUCCUAUAAUGUCUAAAAUUGUAGGUAACAAUGUCGGGAAUUGAAGUCAGUUUGCAUGGGAGCCCAGCUUGUCCUUCUGAAUGGACAUCUGGGCACAGUGGUUUAGGAUUGUCUCUGUAGUGUAUGAAGUGAAUUGGGUUAAGCAGCCUUACUGAAAUUGUCUGGACUCCUGAGCCUCAUAAAAACAAAGCAUCACCUGCUAGAGGUUUCUUUGGGAAGUGAGUUUUAUAUUGAAUACGUUUACUUCUUUGUUGUGUUCACAUUUAUGGAGCUCAGAGAUUCCUGACAAAGAUAACUAUUUGCAACCUUGAAAGAGUAAUACGUCAUUUAUUUUUAUUCUGCACUUCAGGUUUUACCACAUUUUAAAAGGUGCUUUAACCCCCAAAUUGCCAGACAGGGCAUGACCUGAUCACACCAAGUCCAUGUGCCAGUGGUUGCAGCAUCCAAAAAUCCUGUGGAAGAGGGUAGGAUGGUGUGUCUGUACUAUGAAUUCCUAUGUUGAUUAGCAGGAAUUGUUAUCGGAGGGAUUAGCAGUCACUAACUGAAUCCUUUGUUCAUUCUAUAAAAUUCACGUGAUCUGUUAGGUUUAGAGUUUGCCGAGUGUGAUCACUAUGCACGUUCCAGAAUACAUCAUACUGGAACUAGAACAGCAAUGUAUGGAAGGCUUUUUUUUAAUUUAAUUUUUUUUAAAAUUUAGAAUAAACUGAUUUUGUGAUAGACUCUCU